CAAUAACCUGUUAAAGUCAAAGCGCAGUGUGUUGUGAAUUAGCCCAAAACAUACUGCAUAGCAUAAGAUUUUUCAAAUUUACCUUGAACUUUCUCUUUGGGUUAAUGUUUUUAUUACGUUGACAGAAACCAUCAGUGGCUUUAAAACAUGUUGGAACAAUUGUUAGCUGGUGAUAAUGAGGAAUGAGUUUGGUUUAAAGGCGUGCAAAUUUUGAACUGCAUGUUUGUCUUGGUGAUAAAGUUAAGGUUACUUAAAAAGUAGGUGGGAACACAUGCAGAUAAAUCUCAGUAUAAAAGCCUUCCAUCUGUCAUCUGGGUGAUACCUGCUCUGGUGACAGCAGCAACCAUGGAGGGGAGGUGUGUGUGGUUGAGUUUGUUCUCACUGUGUGUUGUCACUGUCCUUCAUGUACAAGCCAGAACCGUUCGUAACCACGUCAGCAGCAUCUGUAGCACAUGGGGCAGAAACCACUUCAAGACAUUUGAUGGUGAUGUGUACCAGUUCCCGGGCCCCUGUGAAUACAACCUGGUGUCUGAUUGCCAUGAGACCUAUCAGGAGUUUUCUGUUCACAUCAAGAGGAAAGAGGUGGAGGGGAAUCCUACUGUCAGCCACCUGGUGGUCACUAUCAAUGACCUUGUAUUCCACCUCAGCAAGAAUCUGGUCUCCGUAAACGGUGACAUUGCCAACUUGCCAGUCUACCAGUCAGGGGUGCAGGUGGAAAGAAAUGCAGUUUACGUCAAACUCCAGUCCAAAGUUGGCAUCACUGUCCUGUGGAAUGGGGACGAUGCAGUCAUGGUCGAACUGGAUCGGGACCUUGUCAAUACAACAUGUGGACUUUGUGGAGACUUUAAUGGACUUCCAGUCUACGAUGAGUUCAUUUUCGAUGGCCGCAUAACCAGCUCUAUUGAGUUUGGCAACAAACACAAGAUCCAUCAGCCAAACGAAGACUGUGAGGAUCCCUAUGAGGAGGACAGCGACUCAGAUGAAACUCAGACAGUGCCAGAGUCAUGCAAAGAGUUUCAAACUCAAUGUAGCAAAAUGCUACAGUCAAGUCUUUGGAGCUCUUGCGCCGCACUGAUUGACCCUCAGCCUUACAUCCAGGCCUGUGUCCAGGACAUGUGUGGCUGCAGCACGGCCAAUGACUUCUGUGUCUGCAGCACACUGUCUGAGUUUUCACGGCAGUGUUCCCAUGCAGGAGGAGAACCUCCCAACUGGAGAACAGUGGAGUUUUGUGCUAAACAGUGUCCAUUGAACAUGGUUUACAAAGAGAGUGGCUCACCCUGCAUGGACACUUGCACCAUUAGGGACACAAGCUCAAUGUGUGAGGAACACAAAAUGGAUGGGUGUUUCUGUCCUCCUGGAACUGUGUUUGACGAUAUUUCCAAGAGAGGCUGUAUAAAUCAGUCCGAGUGUCUGUGCAAACAUGACAGAGUCUACGCCUCAGGAGAGAUUUACCAACAGGACCGAGAGGAGUGUACAUGUUUAAAUGGUGAGUGGUCAUGUCAAAGUCUCCAAAAGCCUGAUACGUGUGCCGUGGAGGAGGGUUCCCAUAUAACAACCUUUGAUGGGAAAAGCUUCUUGUUUCAUGGAGAAUGUCAAUACACCCUGGUUAAAGUGGACAGCAAGGAUGACACAAAUCCUAAAUUUACCAUCAAGGCUCAACUUAUGCCCUGUGCAAACCAAAUGCAUGACACUUGUCUCAAAUCCCUUACAGUACAGCUGAACAAUGAUAUAAGCAAUGUUUUAACAUUCAUGUCAGACGGAACAGUGAAGCAGAAUUCACAGAUUGUCAGUUUGCCAUACCAGAUACAAGGGGUUGUCUACAUAUUCCAUGCUUCAUCCUUUCACAUCAUGCUUCAGACAAGCUUUGGAUUACAAAUACAGAUUCAGCACGUGCCAAUGAUGCAGGUUUACAUCAGCCUGGAGCAGAACUACAGGUCAAAGACUCGAGGAUUAUGUGGAAACUACAACAUGGUUCUGGCUGAUGACAUGAAGACACCUCAGGGGAGUGUGGAGGGAACAGCAGUAUCAUUCAGUAACUCUUGGAAAACUAACCAGGGGUGUCCAGACAGGAAGGAAAGACUGGAAGACCCCUGCUCUCUCAGUAUGGAAAAUGAGUGGUAUGCCAAACACUGGUGUGCCUUGCUGCUGCAGACAAACAGUACAUUUUCACUGUGCCAUUCACUGGUUGAUCCUGAGCUUUACCACAAGCGAUGUAUUUAUGCCAGUUGUAACUGUGAAAAGAACGAGGACUGCCUGUGUGCUGUCUUCUCCUCUUAUGCACGAGCUUGUGCGUCUAAAGGAGUAUUCCUGACAGGCUGGAGAGAGAAUGUGUGCGAUAAAUACUCAAAGAACUGCCCGGCAUCUCAGACCUUCACCUACAAAAAUCAGAGAUGCCAGAUGACAUGCAGCUCUCUGGGCUCAGUGCAGCAAAGCUGCAGCAAUGACUUCUUGCCUGUAGAUGGCUGCACUUGCGCUGAGGGUCUUUACCUGAACGACGAAGGCAUCUGUGUCCCCAUGGCCAAGUGUCCUUGCUUCUAUAAUGAAGGCAAAAUAAAGCCGGGAAAAUCUUUUAACAUCAAAGAUGAGCACUGCGUUUGCACCAAUGGAGUGCUUCACUGUCAUUCCUUGAGAUCCCGAUCACUGACCUGCCCUUCUCCAAAAGUAUUUUUCAACUGUUCCACUGCCAGUACAGGAGAGCUUGGAGUCCAGUGUGCUCGAACAUGUUUAAAUCUGGAUAAUGACGAUUGUGACUCAUCGGAGUGUGAAUCUGGCUGCCGUUGUCCCAGUGACCGCCUUGAUGAUGGAAAAGGUUCCUGUGUGAUAGAAGAAGAAUGUCCCUGUCAACAUGAUGGACGUCUGUAUGCAAGAGGAGCCCAAAUUCCCAACCAGUGUAAUACUUGUACCUGCAGAAGUGGAAAGUGGGACUGCACAGAGAAAAAAUGCCCAGGAACCUGCACUAUUUAUGGAAGUGGUCACUACACUACUUUUGAUCAACGGAGAUAUGUCUUUCAUGGACACUGUGCCUAUAUAGCUGUGAAGAACAAAUGUGGCAACAAAACAGCACAGCAGAACUUUGGGGUUAUCACAGAAAAUGUGCCAUGUGGAUCCACAGGUACCACAUGCUCCAAAACUGUCAGAGUCCAACUUGGGCGAACAGAAAUUAAACUCUCAAAAGGAAAACAUGAAGUAGAGGACCUGGGAACAGGCCCUUGGAUUUUUUACAGAAUAAGAAAGUCUGGUUUGUAUCUGGUUGUUGAAACUGCCAUUGGCCUGGCUGUUGUGUGGGACCGCAAAACAACUGUUCACAUCAUACUUGAGCCACAGCACACUGGGGAGGUGUGUGGUCUGUGUGGAAAUUUUGAUGGUGAUGGCCAGAAUGACUUCACCACUCAGGGCCACUUGCUAGUUGGCAAAUCAUUAGCGUUUUCAAACACCUGGAAAGUAUCCAGCAGCUGCCCAGAUGCCGAUACAAACAUGAACCCCUGCGAAACCACACCCAAACGAAGCCACUGGUCCAAAAUUAUGUGUAGCAUUAUAACUGGAGAUACGUUCAAAGACUGCCAUACUAAGGUAGAUCCCCUGCCUUUUUUUGAAAACUGUGUAAGAGACUCAUGUGCCUGUGACACUGGAGGAGACUGUGAGUGCUACUGUGCAGCAGUGGCAGCGUAUGCUCAAGCUUGUAAUGAAGCAAGUGUCUGUGUUUCAUGGCGAACUCCAGAAAUUUGUCCUGUCUAUUGUGAGUAUUACAACGGUCCAGAAGAAUGCAGGUGGCACUACGAGCCGUGUCAUAAGGCUUGCUAUAAGACCUGUUUGAAUCCUGAAGGAACUUGUAUCAACCCUUUACCUAACCUGGAAGGUUGUUAUCCUGUUUGCCCUGAGGAUAAACCCAUAUUUGAUGAGGAGAAUCAGACAUGCGUAGAAGAUUGCCCUGGUUGUUACUAUAAUGGAAGUAGAUAUGAAGAAAAUGAAGUUAUUUUUAAUGUGACAGAUAAUUUAGGAAUGUGCUACUAUGCAAUCUGCAUCAACUCAACCGUAAAAUAUCGAGAAGAACCAUGUAGCACCACCACCACUGUCCAGCCAUCAACAACCACUACUCCACAUGUAACUACAACCACAACAAUAACAACACCACCAACUGUACCCACUACUACAACUGGAGCGGGAAGUUCAACAACCACGCCUCAUCUGACUAAGUCUACUACAACCUCUGAGAAACCAACAACAGUUAUUUCUACACUGCCACCAACUGUACCCACUACUACAACUGAGCCCCCCACUACUACUCCACAUGUAACUACAACCACAACACUAACAACACCAACAACAGUGACUACAACAAUUGCUACAACAAAAUCAACAACAAUUAUUACUACUACCACUGGGGAGAUAGUUUCAUCUUCUACAACACAACAGACUACAACACCAGAGAAGUCAACUGUAACCACAUCAACUUCACCACCAACCAAAUCCACUACUACAACUGGAGUGGGAAGUUCAACAACCACGCCUCACCUGACUGAGUCUACUACAACCUCUGAAAAACCAACAACAGUUAUUUCUACACCGCCACCAACCGUACCCACUACUACAACUGAGCCCCCCACUACAACUCCACAUGUAACUACAACCACAACAAUAACAACAUCAACAACUUUGCUGACUUCUACUGCUUCUACAUGUAGCAAAACAUGUGAGUGGACGGAGUGGUUUAAUGUGCAUGAUCCGUUAGUGGACAAAAGUGACUGGGAGACAUAUAAAAAUAUCACUGACAGUGGAAAGACGAUAUGUGAAAAACCCUGGGAUAUAGCAUGUAGACCAGCAGAUUAUCCUAGUGUAGACUUUGGUGACUUUGUGGAACAAAGUCAACAAGUUGUCACCUGUGAUGUGACUUUUGGUUUAAUAUGUAAAGAGAAAGACCAGACUGCCCGUCCGUUUAAAUGUUUUGACUACGAGAUCCAAGUUUGCUGUGAGGAAGAUAUUUGUAUCAGUACAACUACACCCACAGCUACUACAACAUUAGCUACAACAACACCAACAAAAAUUACCACUACUACCACUGGGGAGAUAGUUUCAUCUUCUACAACACAACAGACUACAACACCAGAGAAGUCAACAACAGUUAUUUCUACACUGCCAACAACUACUACAACACCAGAAAAGUCACCUGUACCCCCAUCACCUCCCCCCCCAACUGUACCCACUACUACAACUGAGCCCCCCACUACUACUCCACAUGUAUAUACAACCCCAACAAUAACAACACCAACAACUGUACCCACUACUACAACUGAGACCCCCACUACAACUCCACAUGUAUAUACAACCCCAACAAUAACAACACCAACACCAGUGACUACAACAUUAGCUACAGCAAAAUCAACAACAAUUAUUACUACUACCACUGGGGAGAUAGUUUCAUCUUCUACAACACAACAGACUACAACACCAGAAAAGUCACCUGUACCCCCAUCACCUCCCCCCCCAACUGUACCCACUACUACAACUGGAGUGGGAAGUUCAACAACCACGCCUCACCAGACUGAGUCUACUACAUUAGAAACACCAAUAACUGGGCCCCCUCCUACAACUGUUCCACCCCCAAAAACCACACCUCAAGUUGUUGAAAGUACUACAUCUUCCUUCCAGAGUACUUCCACAGUUCAAGGCCAGACCAGUACAGUCAAGUUAACAAGUGUUCAAACUACAACUCGAGCUACAACUAACAAGCAGACUUCAUCCACAUCUCCCACCCAGUUGUCUUCUACAACUGUAAAACCAACAACAACAACAACAAAACAUACUACUCCAACAACGGAACCUCCAACAUCAACAACACAUAUUACAACAGAAUGCGUCUGCAUUGUUAAUGGCACAAUAUAUAAACCAGGUGAGAUAAUAUUUGAUAGGAAAGACCUGGGGGCAAAUAUAUGUCUUACAAUGAUUUGUUCCGAUACUUGUGAGAUACACAACACAACUGAUUCCUGCACCACAACUACGCCAAUGCCUACAAUUUCCACUACCCCAAAACCUGGAUGUCCUGAGUGGGACGCAGAUGAAAAUGAGAUUUUUUAUUUCUGCAACUGCACUAUGGCCAAAUGCAUUGAAAAUAACACAAUUGAGAUUGUUCCAUAUGAAUGUCCACCCCUCAAGAACAUAACUUGUGCAAAUGGAAAGAAGCCAGUUCUGGUUUAUGAUGAGUACUACUGCUGCCAACAGUAUGCCUGUGACUGUGUGUGUGAAGGCUGGGGAGAUCCUCAUUACAUCACAUUUGAUGGACUCUACUACAGUUACCAAGGAAACUGUACCUAUGUUCUGAUGGAAGAGAUUACAGCAAAACAUAAACUAAAGAUUUAUAUCGACAACGUCUAUUGUGAUCCAAAUGAAGAUGUUUCUUGCCCGAGAUCACUGAUAGUGUCCUACAGAACACAAGUUGUCAAACUCAUAAAUUACAACCUCAUGGGAACAGCGCAGUUGGAGGCCCUAAAGGAUGGUACACGUCUGAAACUUCCUUAUUCACAAUAUGGCGUUAAGGUCCUGAGUUCUGGCCUAAACAUGGUUUUGGAGAUCCCUCAUUUAAGAGUUGUUGUUACAUUUGGAAUAACUGGCUUUAGUGUUACUCUCCCAUACGAAUUCUUUGGCAAUAAUACACAGGGCCACUGUGGAACAUGCAACAACAACCGUGCUGAUGACUGUAUGUUGCCUGGACAUCAGCUUGUUGAAAGUUGUGCAGUCAUGGCUGACUACUGGGUUGCAGAAGACAUAUAUCAACCCAACUGUAAAAAACCAUCUGUCCCGCCCACCACCGGACCUGAGCCUUCACCAAACCCAACUGUUACUCCAUGCAGGCCAGACAGCAUUUGUGACCUUCUCUUUGACAGUGUCUUUGCAGAAUGCCACGCGUUUGUCUCACCAGACAAUUUCUAUAGAGGUUGUGUCUUUGACAGCUGCCAUGUCAUUAACCCAAUGGUAGAGUGCACAAGUUUGCAGACUUAUGCCGCUGCAUGUGCUCAGGCUGGAAUUUGCCUUUACUGGAGGAACCAUACCACCAUAUGUCGUAAGAAAACUGUCAUUUUUCUACCACCAACAUGUGAAGACAAUCCUAAUGAUGUGACUAUGAACUUCACCACCGAAGGCUGCUUUUGUCCAGAAGGAAUGAAGCUCUUCAACAAAGAGUCCGGCGUGUGUGUAGAUAAGUGUGGGUGUCUUGAUCCUGAAGGAAAUCCUCGUGAGUUCGAGGAGAGUUUUGAGUACAAGUGUCAGAACUGCGUCUGUAAAGAGUCCACCAAGACUGUGAUUUGUAAGCCAAAGGUGUGCAAUCCACAACCCGUGGUUAACUGCACCGCUCCAGGAUUUGUCCUCAUCAACCAAACGGAUCCGUCAGACCCUUGUUGUUUCAAAUAUGUUUGUCAAUGUCAAAGCAAUACCUGUCCAGGGAGUAGCAUGAACUGUCCAGUUGGAUACAUACCUGUUGUCACUGUCCCUGAGGGAAAAUGCUGUCCAGAACACAAAUGUGAGCCUAAAAGGGUUUGUGUGCACCACGAUGUUGAAUACCAGCCUGACUCCUCGGUUCCUGUGGUAGACUGCCAGGAUUGUGUCUGCACCACUGAGGUUGACCCCAAAUCUGGUCUGUUCAAAAUAGAUUGUGAAAUGAAAGUAUGUGAAGAAACCUGUGAACAGGGAUAUUCAUAUAAGGAAAACAGAUCAGAUGAAUGCUGCGGCACGUGUGUACAAACACACUGUGUUGUCAACGUUACCAGUACCACAAAGCUGCUGAAGGAAGGAGAAAGCUGGGUUUCACCUGAGAACAGAUGUGAGAGUUUCACCUGUGUGAGGAGCGGUCAGGCUUUAGUAGUCACCAGCUCAUAUAGUGUAUGCCCACCAUUCGAGCUCAGCAACUGUCAUCCUAAUACAGUCCAAACUGCAGCCAAUGGGUGUUGUACAACCUGUGUGGAAAAGGAGAAGGCCUGCAAGUUAGUGACCAUGAAAGACUACAUAAGGCACAAAGACUGCCAGUCCUCUGAGGAGAUGGAUAUUCCCUACUGUGAAGGGUCCUGCAACACCUUCACCAGGUACUCUGAAGCAGCAACGGGCGAGCAGCAGUCCUGUGCCUGCUGUAAGGAGAAACAAUUCAGCAAACGCAAAGUUGACCUGCUCUGUCUGAACGGAGACGUGGUCUCCUACACAUACACACAUGUGGAGGAGUGUGCCUGCAGCACCAUGGAGUGCACUGGGCCGUCUGGUCGCAGGAGGAGAAGCAUUACGUGGUUCUAAUAUGGGAUUAAAAACAUUUUUCUAUGUUACACACAUCUUUGACGGUAAUUGUCUUUGAUGGAAAUAUUUAUCACUUCACCAAUUAAAAACCUGCAACUUA